AUGGGUAAAGUACCAAAUAAAAAAAAAUAUAAAUCAGCAAAAUCUUCACCGAUUGUAAAUAAUGCUUACUUUUUAGAAUCAAAUGAUGAAAUGAAUAAUAACGACUUUAUAGCACAAGCUUCUUCGAGAAGCUCGGAUGUGCUUCCGGUUAUCAAGCAGCUGUCUUCAGCUGAUCCUACUGAACGCGCAUGGGCAGCAAGUUGUGCAUCCAACCUCAUAGCAGGCGAAGAAAAAAUUCGUCGUCUCUUAUUAUCAAAGAAUCUCAUAAGAUUAUUAAUAGAACGGUUAACGGAUGAUGUUUAUGAAGUAGUAUAUGAAAGCGUAGGUACAUUAAGAAACCUAACGGUUAUAGGGGAGUAUGAAAUAUGCGCUGAAAUGUUCAAUAAAGAUAUUUUGACCCCUUUAAUGAUGCUUAUUUCAAAGUUAUCUAUAAUUAUUGACAAUAUGUUAAAAGGAAUUUCAUAUGAAUCUGAUCCAAUUAAAGGUGCAAGAAAUAAUAUAUGGAUUUUUGCAGAAAACAUUAUUUGUAUUUUAUGGGCUUUGAGUGAAACUUCACAGAAGAUACUCAGAGGAAUUAAUAAUACGAAUAUAAUUCAUUUUCUAAUGGCUUUUUUUAUUAAUAUUGAAAAAAUUCCAAUAAAAACAGUCAUUGCUGCAGCACAAUGUCUUCACACAAUUACAGACGAUAACUCGGACAUACAUAAACAGUUUGAAUUAAAUCCACAAUACGUACAAAUAUUUCUGAAUAUUAUAAAUCUUGAAAGAAAUAAAUCAUUAUCCGAUGAUGAUUUACUUGUAAAAGUUUUGUGCUGCGGCUCUAUCAUUAUUCACACCAUAUCCAGAAUUGAUUUUAACAGAGACAUAAAUAAUUAUUUAAUUCCAAUAUUAAAAUCUUGUUUAAAUUAUGAUAUCGAACAAGUUGCUAACGAAGCUAUUGAGGCAGCUUCGAAUGUAGUUGAAUUGAAUAUUGUAACAGAACAUCCUAAAGAUUUUUCCACAUCAGAAGAGGAAAAUCUUGUUAAUUUAAAUUUGAGGUUAACGACUUUGCAACUCGCCCUCGAAUUAUUAUCAAAAAUUUGUUUGGAAUGUUUCUCUCAAGACGAUGACAACUGUCAGGAUGAAAUACAAAAUGAAGAAAAUGAAAUCGAUUUCAACAAAAAUAAAAUUAUGGACCUUGAUGAUCCAAUGUCAAAUGAUACUCAUGUUCAAACUUCUAUCAAUAGACAAGAACACCCAAUUUUGAAUACAUUCGCCACUAACAUGAUUUCAGAUCUUAUUCGUUUAUCUAGACCAACUUCCCUUUCAUAUCCUGAACAGCUAGGGCAGAAUGUUAUACCUAAAAGUUCAGUUGCACCUGCAAUCACAGAAUCACUUGCAACAGUGCAUUUAAGAGCGGUGGAAUGUAUGAAUAACUUUUUUUUGAUAAUGGUAGAUAUUGUCGAAGAAAAAUGGUGGUUUACUAAACACCGCAACGCUGCUAAAGAAACAUGGACAAGGAUUGUUGAAGUAGCAAAUCAGGUUGCAGGCAAAGGUGUGAAGGUUGGUGCAGAAGGCCCAGGACAACAAAUGAGGGGUACCGUAUUGGAAGCUCUGAUUGGAUGUUUAUGGAUUUUGGCUAGAGGUUUAAACGAUGAUUUGCCACUUGCGGAAAAUCAAAUCCAAUCAUUUAUUCAAUGUUAUAAGUCUAUCAUAUCGGAAUCUAUGCGUGUUAAAUUAAUUGGUACAUUAGGUGUAAUUGCCAAGAGACAUCAUGCGAUAGAAGAUAACAAGUUAAUCGGUACAUUCUUGAUCGAAAUAAUAAAAGAUUUAUCUCGAACAGAUUCUCUUCCUAUUGAUUGCAUUACAGAAUCUUUGAAUGCUAUAUAUGAUAUAUAUGCGGAUAAGGAUUUUGAUUAUGAUGAACCCGUUUUUGUUAAUGAGGGUUUUUUACACGUGUUGGAAAGUGUAGUUGACAAUGUUCAUAAGAUGGCUAAAUCAAUCGAUAAACGAAAAUCACUCGAGCAGCGUCUUCGUGUAGAUGAG